AUGACGGGAGAGGCCCCGAAGGUGAUCCGAGACAACACUUAUUACUUCCCUGACGGAAGUUGCGUGCUACGAGUGGAGAACACAUUGUUCAAUGUGCGAGGAAUCAUCCUUAUCGUACACCGGAGCAUAUUGUCUAAGGAUGGCUCGUCGUUUGCCGUGAUGUUCUCGUUGCCGCAAGGUGACACCUCGAGGGAAGGCACCUCCGAUGACAACCCUGUUAUCCUGCCCAGCGAUACGGUCACGGAGUUCAGGAACUUCAUCUGGGCUCUAUAUGCGCUACCGCACGAGCUCAUGGCCGUGCACACGGAUCAUUGGACCGAUCUUGCCCAUCUCAUCGACAUAGCGAAAGUGUCGAACAAGUACUCCUUCAAGUCUCUCGAGACGUGGGCCCUGGACGCCAUCCAGGCCUACCUCAACCGCAAACCGUCUCCAUUCUCGCGCGCGUUCGCAGCCGCGUCAGCGGCAGGUGCACCACCAUCCGCGGCGACGCUCGGCGCGAGUGGGCAGGAGCUCACGCGCCUCGUCCGCCUCGCGCAGCUCUGCAGUCACGAGAAGCUGCUCAACACCGUCGUUGGCCUUUUGAGACAGCUCAUGGCGCUCUCGCCGCAGUACGCGUACCUCGCGAUGACGCUCGCUGACGAACUCGAUCUCCGCCCACUCCGCGGGCUCGCGUACCUCGAGGUCAUGCACCGCGUUCCGUUCGUUGCGGUCAAGCCUGGGUCCGCGUCCGGACUCGUGGAGGGCGAUUUAGAUGCGGACGGGAAGCUCGUCGUAUCGCCUGCACAGCAGCUGAGGCUUCUGCAUGGGUACCACUGUUUGACCUCUCAGUGGGAGAAGCUGCGAGGACGGCCGCCUUCGUUUGAGCAUGCGACGUCCUGCGGUGCGACUUGGCACCAGCACGGGUGCACCCAGAGCUGGCUCGAGUUCUGGAAGGAGAAGACCAGGAGUGACGGCAUCUUGGCGCUUGGACUCGCGGAUGUGCUUGGGAGGCUGAGAACGAUUGCCAAGGAUUUUGACCGUUGGGGAAGUGCGACGUACAUGCAUCAGGAUUGCAGGCUAAGCGCGAAACGGUCUAUCAACGACAGGAUCAAGGAUAUAGAGAAUAAUCUCUCGAAUUACUUUAACCCGGACAGUGUUUCCUAA